AUGGCGGGGCCCUUGCGACGAGAGCUAGGCCGCUCCUCCUACCCUUUCCCGGUGCAAAGCCUGCACCUCGGCAACCUCCCGGCUGUUCCCCAGCACGAAACCACCUCGCCUGGCUUCUUGCCCGAAGCCUUCAGCGCCGGGGCCACUGCCGGGCAGGCCUUUGGCUUCAAGCCCGAUUACGGCCCCCACCAGGGAGGGAUCGGGGAGCCCUAUCCCGGCGGGGGCGAAAUGCCUCGCACCUGGUACCCCUUCCCUGCCGCGGGGGAGGCCUGGAGCCACCCUCCCGGGAUCCUGGUAAACCCUUAUGCCCUCGCUCAGUCCGGAGAAGCCUGCCAGGCUUCCAAGGCCGAGAUCAAAGUCGAGCGUGACUUCGAGCAAGCGGGCCCCUAUUACGGAGGGCAUCCCUGGGCCGGUGGGUGUCUGGUCCCUUCGGUCCCUCCGGCCCAGGCCCGUCCGGCUUCUUGCAACAACCACACCAAGGAAGCCGCUUCGCCCAAUCCGGAUUCCGAGCCUUCCAGCAGCCCCACCAGCCAGCCCGAACAGGUGGGCAGCGCGGAGAACAGUCCCCGGACCGAUGCUAGUCCAACCCCCAGCGAGCAGAUGGCCUCGGAGGAAGCGAAAGAUGAAGAGGGCAGUGAAGAAGAGGAAACAACUACUACAGAAGAGCUGGAACAAUUUGCUAAGGAACUGAAGCACAAAAGAAUUACCCUGGGCUUCACUCAGGCAGACGUAGGACUGGCUCUGGGUUUACUGUAUGGGAAGAUGUUUAGUCAAACCACCAUCUGCCGCUUCGAAGCUUUGCAACUCAGCUUCAAGAACAUGUGUAAACUGAAGCCCCUCCUUCAGCGUUGGCUUCAAGAGGCUGACAGUAACGAGAAUUUGCAGGAGCAACUGUGCUCCAUGGAGUCGGCCAUGAUCCAGGCUCGGAAACGCAAGCGCACCAGCAUUGAGAACAACGUGCGGGGUUCACUCGAGUCGUACUUUCUGCGCUGCCCCAAGCCUAACCUGCAGGAGAUUUCACAGAUUGCUGACGACCUCUGCCUGGAGAAGGAUGUGAGUGACCCCUUCCUCCCGUCUUACUGCAUUUCCCCCAAAGCAGCCACCAUCUCGGUGCACGAAAUCCUAGCUCUCCAGGGUCAGAUUUUGAUGUCUGAUUCAAAAGGCUUGAAAAACGAGAGCCUCAAGGAGAGGACUCUGCACUAA